AACCUACUGAAGUGGGUUGGGGGAUGGGGAAGAGAAGGGAGAUUGGUGGAGAGACACAGAGACAUAUUUUAAAAGAUUGGAGAUUACUAUCCCUAACAAUAAAAUCCUUCAUACAUUGAGGUAAGGUUACCAUGCUUGUCCUGCCCCACAGCUGUAGACACAGCCUCGUACAGGUCCUCAGACACUAGCUGGAGAUCCCUUACAGGAUGUCUGUCACCCCACUGAGCCCCUCCUACAGUUUAGGGGUCACACCCACUUGAAUGUUCUUCAUAUGACGAACCUCCACCAGCCGAGUCUCCAACAGAGCAAAUGAGGAAAAUAUGAUAUAUUAUGAUUUAUGUUAGUAACAAUACAAUAUGGGAAUUUUAUCCCAAAGCUACCUACAGCUAACAUAUAUAUUUAUGUAUGUGAUCUAUGUAAAUAAAGGAGUAUAACACAGCUGUAAAACUGUGAAGGACUAUAUGGUGGAGGCCUACCCAUUUCCCAGGAGCAUUGUAAAAAGUGGAUUUGGGUACAGUGUUUAUUUCCCCCUAAUAUCUUUGAAGAUUACACCUAAAAUAAUUAGGCCUACUUCUUUCUACUGCUGAUCUGAGACCAUUAGGGUUAAACAUUACAGAUAUAAAUGCAAUAUAUGGAGUAGAAAAGAUUGCCUGCCCACCAAAGAAUCAACAUACGUUCUACAUGGUCUAUUUCUAUCUGAAUGUAACACCUCAAUCAAGCUUGUUAAUUGAUCGUUAAGUCCUGUUUGUCAGGUAAAAGGUCAUUAGUGGCCUAUAUAAGCCUCAUACAGGCCACGGGAAGACAUUACCUGUUGAUAACACAGACUAUUCUCAUGAUCAUGGGAGGUGUGAGAGAAUUACUGCUCUUUGUGAUGACUGUGGGGGUUGUCAAAGUUUCUUGUUACCCUGUUGGAAAGUCCCAGAAGCAAGAGCAAGUCUCUCUGCAGAGCAGACUUGGAGAGCUGUCAUCAAACGACAUCUCCAUUGUGCAUGCCCUGGCCUUGCUCCGAUCCAUAGGGUCUGACGCUAAACAAGACAGAGAAGAGUAUUUAGAGACUAAUGAAGUAGAAUCUCAAGCUUCUCCAAACCAUGGUAGCUCUACGGCAAAUGAUGCCCUGUCCUCUGACGACGCUACCUCUGAAGCUGCCACUGGCCCGUCUGACGACGCCACCUCUGAAGCUGCCACUGGCCCGUCUGACGACGCCACCUCUGAAGCUGCCACUGGCCCGUCUGACGACGCCACCUCUGAAGCUGCCACUGGCCCGUCUGACGACGCCACCUCUGAAGCUGCCACUGGCCCGUCUGACGACGCCACCUCUGAAGCUGCCACUGGCCCGUCUGACGACGCCACCUCUGAAGCUGCCACUGGCCCGUCUGACGACGCCACCUCUGAAGCUGCCACUGGCCCGUCUGACGACGCCACCUCUGAAGCUGCCACUGGCCCGUCUGACGACGCCGCCUCUGAAGCUGCCACUGGCCCGUCUGACGACGCCGCCUCUGAAGCUGCCACUGGCCCGUCUGACGACGCCGCCUCUGAAGCUGCCACUGGCCCGUCUGACGACGCCGCCUCUACCUCUGAAGCUGCCACUGGCCCGUCUGACGACGCCGCCUCUACCUCUGAAGCUGCCACUGGCCCGUCUGACGACGCCGCCUCUACCUCUGAAGCUGCCACUGGCCCGUCUGACGACGCCGCCUCUACCUCUGAAGCUGCCACUGGCCCGUCGUCUGACGACGCUACCUCUGAAGCUGCCACUGGCCCGUCGGACGACGCCACCUCUGAAGCUGCCACUGGCCCGUCGGACGACGCCACCUCUGAAGCUGCCACUGGCCCGUCGGACGACGCCACCUCUGAAGCUGCCACUGGCCCGUCUGACGACGCCACCUCUGAAGCUGCCACUGUCCCGUCUGACGACGCCACCUCUGAAGCUGCCACUGGCCCGUCUGACGACGCCGCCACUACCUCUGAAGCUGCCACUGGCCCGUCGGACGACGCCACCUCUGAAGCUGCCACUGGCCCGUCUGACGACGCCACCUCUGAAGCUGCCACUGGCCCGUCUGACGACGCCACCUCUGAAGCUGCCACUGGCCCGUCUGACGACGCCACCUCUGAAGCUGCCACUGGCCCGUCUGACGACGCCGCCUCUGAAGCUGCCACUGGCCCGUCUGACGACGCCGCCUCUGAAGCUGCCACUGGCCCGUCGUCUGACGACGCUACCUCUGAAGCUGCCACUGGCCCGUCUGACGACGCCACCUCUGAAGCUGCCACUGGCCCGUCGGACGACGCCACCUCUGAAGCUGCCACUGGCCCGUCGGACGACGCCACCUCUGAAGCUGCCACUGGCCCGUCGGACGACGCCACCUCUGAAGCUGCCACUGGCCCGUCUGACGACGCCACCUCUGAAGCUGCCACUGUCCCGUCUGACGACGCCACCUCUGAAGCUGCCACUGGCCCGUCUGACGACGCCGCCACUACCUCUGAAGCUGCCACUGGCCCGUCGGACGACGCCACCUCUGAAGCUGCCACUGGCCCGUCGGACGACGCCACCUCUGAAGCUGCCACUGGCCCGUCGGACGACGCCACCUCUGAAGCUGCCACUGGUCCGUCUGACGACGCUAGCGCUGCCACUGGUCCGUCUGACGACGCUAGCGCUGCCACUGGCCCGUCUGACGACGCUACCUCUGAAGCUGCCACUGGCCCGUCUGACCAUGCCAUUGAGGAACUGUUCACUUCUGCAUCUGAGUCCCCGUUGACCACAAACAUGGAUAUCUGAUGUGGGACAUGGUGCUCGGGGUCCAUGCAAGAGUUCAUGGGUAUUCUAGUCCAGGUUGUAUGUAACUGCAUUUUUUUUUGUUUUGGCUCAAUUAAACGUUAACUGUAA